AUGCCCGUGAACUGGACAGCAGAGAAGAACGCCAAGCUCUUCCUCGGCGUUCUGGAACAGUGCAAAGAACAAAGCCUCAAGCUCAACUACAGGCGUCUCGCUGAAUACAUGGGUCCUGACUGCACCUGGAAGGCCAUCGAAGGCCAAAUCGCCAAGCUCAAGAAAAAUGCGGCCGUCGGUCAGGAUCCCAACGAGCAGUCGGCCAGUGCCCCUUCCACCCCCGCGGCCACGCCCAGAAAGCGCGCUGCCGGGGGUACUCCUGCAAAGUCCGGAUCCCCACAAAAGAAGAAGAAGGCGAAGAGUGUUGAGAACAAUACCGACGACGAUAGCGAGGCAGAGAAACAAGCUUUGAAGGAGGUCAGGCAGGAAUUGGAAGAGCAGAAAAAGUGA